AUGAAUUUCGGAGCUCAACCUCACAAACUAGACGCUUCAGGACGAAGUAGCCUCUAUAUUUUCCUGAGCUGUCACGACAAUGUCGAGGCAUUCAAGAUUCUCUUUGAAACACAUUGUACAGUUCUCAUUCGAGAGAAGUGUCAUCAGAACGAAUAUCUAUUGUAUAGUGCUGCCAAGUUCAAUCGUUACAACAUUGUACGAUAUUUGAUGGAACGUCAUGCGGACCUCAUUGACUUGUCUUUGCAACAUGGUCCUAACAAUGAAAGUCCCUUGCAUGCAGUUGUGAGGAAUUCAAAUGAAGAGCUACUUACCUUCUUCCUUUCUCAGCGAAACGUUGGUGUGGAUUAUUUGGAUAGCUUCAAUCGAUCUCCAUUUAUGCUUUCUUGUAAACUUGGAUUCUUUGGGGUCACAAAAUUGUUAUAUGAUAAGGGAGCACAGCUUGAUUUGUGUGAUCAUGAUGGUGAUACUGGUCUUCAUUAUGCUGCAUCGAGAAAUUGGUCUCCAAUCAUUGAACUCUUGAUUUGUAAUGGCGCUGACGUCAAUGCUCGCAACAAACGAGGACUUUCACCCUAUAAUGUUGCUUCCUAUGAAACAACCAAGAGUCUCAUCCAAUACUUGACAGCCAAACAAUUAUCAUUCGCAUUUAAGCGUGUUCGUGUUAUUGAGGAUGAAAAUUCCUUCCUCAAAUCACAAUUGCUCUCCAUGUUAGAACGUAUUGAAAAGCUGGAAAGACAACAAACUCCACAACAAUAA